UGCAAAAAUAAAACAUGUACUGUAUUUUAGAUAACACUGAGUACAAAAAAUGUCAAAUAUGUGGUGAUAGAGCCAGUGGUCGAAAUUUUGGCGGAAUUUCAUGUGAAUCGUGUAAAUCAUUCUUCAGGAGAACUGCACUGAAAACAAAAUCACCAAAAUGUCAUUUCAACAAAAAUUGUAACAUAAGUCCAAACGGCAAGAAAUGCCAAAAGUGUCGAUUAGAAAAAUGUUAUAAAUCAGGAAUGAAAAAAGAAUUUAUACGAACAGAUAACACGAGAAGACAACAACAACAAGAGAUUUGUUAUGAAAAUCAAGAAAAAAGUCUACAAAUCGGUGAUCACAUCAAAGCCGAUGUUAUAGAGAGUAGAGAUUCGGUGAUUGAAUCAAUACUUACUGAUAAAAACGAUUUAUUUUCAAAGAUAUUUGACAUUAAUAUUAGUGUUGAUGCACUCAAUGCACAGAUUUUGGAUAUUGAAAAUUGUUUGACUGACAGCGAUAUUGAUACCAAUAGUGAUGUCAACUUAUCUAUCGAUAUAAUUGAACAUUCAUUACAAAUGCAAUUAUCAAAAAUGCCAGCAAUUCAUAGGAUUGUUGACUAUAAAGAGUUCAAUGAAAUAGAGACGACACGUCUACUGGAGUUAUUCAAUGCAACCAAUGUUUUUCUUGUCCGAUCAGUUCCACCAAUUAGUGGUGAAAUCACGGAUUUAAAUCAAAUACUCARACUUAUGAACGCCGAGUGGUUUAGUCGUGAAGUCAACAGAAUUACUAGUUUUACUAAACAACUGAGUCUUAGUGAUAAUUUGUAUAGCGAUGACAAACUGACCAUGAUCAAAUAUGCUUUCAAUGAAAUACGAUUAUUAAGAUCAAUAUUUGAUUACGAUUAUAACAUUGAAGCAUGGACAUUUUCUCAAAAUCAAAAUUCAUUAUCUGUGAAAAUUAAAUUGYUUAAAAUUUUUGGUGAUUAUUAUAACAAAAUUAAAGUAUUUAUGACAAACAUAGCGCAUGAAUGGGACCGCGACAAUAUCAUAUUAGAUCUGUUGACAGCAAUAGCAUUGUUUAAUCCUAAUCGACCCAACCUUAUCUGUAAAGAGAAUGUUAGAUUACAACAAUAUAUAUACAUGUAUUUAUUGCAACGAUAUCUUCUAUUGAAAUAUCGCUCGCAAUUGGAAUCACAAAAUAAAUUCACAAAAUUAAUGAAUUCAAUCAUUGAUUUGCAAUUAGUCGGAGAAGUGAACAGAAACACUAAUAAUCUAGAGUUGAGAUUCUAG